AUGGCAACUGUGGAUGUUCCUCAGAAGCAAAAGGCGGUCGUCUACGACCAGCCGGGAACAGUCUCUACCAAGGUCGUAGAGAUCGAUGUCCCUGAGCCCGGCGCUGGCGAGGUUCUCAUCAACUUAACGCACUCUGGCGUGUGCCACUCCGACUAUGGCAUCAUGACAAACACGUGGAAAAUGCUCCCUUUCCCAACUCCCCCCGGUCAAGUCGGAGGACACGAGGGCGUCGGUAAGAUUGUCAAGCUUGGCGCGGGCACCGAGUCCUCUGGGUUGAAGAUUGGAGAUCGCGUGGGCAUUAAAUGGGUAGCGAGUGCCUGUGGAAAUUGCCAACCAUGCGGAGCUGGCUUCGACGGAUUGUGCUUCAACCAGAAAGUCUCCGGCUACUACAACCCAGGAACCUUUCAGCAAUACGCACUAGGACCAGCCAACUAUGUGACACCAAUUCCCGACGGGCUGGACUCUGCUGCUGCCGCCCCCAUGCUCUGCGCCGGUGUGACCGUAUACUCCGCCCUGAAGCGAAGCAACGCUCGACCCGGCCAAUGGGUCGUUAUCUCAGGCGCCGGAGGUGGUCUCGGUCACAUCGCCGUGCAACUUGCCAGUCGAGGCAUGGGCCAGCGCGUGAUUGGCAUUGACCACGGAAGCAAAGCAGAUCUGGUCAAAGAGUCCGGUGCGGAGCACUUCAUCGACAUCACACAGUUCCCCAAGGACGACAACGGCGAGGCGUUACAGAAGCACGUCAAAUCCUUGACAGAGGGGCUGGGUGCCCAUGCGGCUAUUGUCUGUACAGCUGCGAAUGCGGCCUACGCUCAGGCGCUGCCCUUGUUGCGAUUCGGCGGCACUCUCGUCUGUGUGGGCAUCCCCGAGCAUGAACCCCAGGCUAUUGCGACGGCGUUCCCGGCAUCUUUCAUCAAUCAACAUUACACGGUGACGGGGUCUGCGGUGGGAAAUCGCACGGAUGCGAUCGAGACGAUGUCCUUUGCCUCUCGUGGUAUUAUCAAGGCUCAUUAUCGGUUGGAAAAGAUGGAGAAUCUCACUUCGGUGUUCCAGGAGAUGGCAGAGGGAAAGCUGCAGGGUCGUGUGGUGCUAGAUCUUACUCAGUGA